CGAUAUUCGACAUGUGAUGUAGUCGCGAAGAAAGAAAGAAAACGAUUGCACAAAACGAAACAAGGAGAUGACACGGAGGAAAAGUAGAAGGAUUUGGGCUGACAUCUUCUUUGGAUCUUCAUAUCAAAAUCUUUGAAAGGUCAGCUUGUCACUCUUUGAGAUGUUUGAAUUAGGCUGAGGCAGUGCAGAGCAAUUCUGAAUUAUGGGCAAGUAUUGUUGGUUAUUAUGUUAUUAUUGUAUAAGCAUAUUUUGCAUGAAAUGAAAUGUUGUCGAUGAAUCAAAAUGGAUAUACUAUGUAAAAGUGUUAGAAGAUCUCUCUUAUUUAGAAUUUCAGAAUGUUAAGUCUAAUUUAUGAUGAUAUGAACUUGUGGUGAAUAGUUGGAGUUCUGAUUGUAUAAUUUAUUUAGCUUGUGGAUUUAUAAAUGUUGUUAAUGUUGGUCAAGUUGGCUUGGGUUGCCAUAAAUGUGAAUUAUUGAGUGAUGUAAUAUAUGAUUAUAAACUGCAUAGGUUUUAUAGAUGUGAAUUUGAUAGAAUGUUUUUCAGUGUCCUCAAAUGUGUGUUUGGAUCCUAGAUUGGUUUGUGUUAAAAAUUUUUAAUAUCAUGGAUAUUUUGAGGGGCGUGAUAGAGGUGGUAUCAGAGCAUAGUUUGAGGAUUACUGAAAUAUUUGAUAAGUUGACAUGUAAAAUAUAUUGAGGUCUAGUGAACUAUAGUGAUUGGUGGAAAUUUUCUUUAAUGCAUUUUAGGAAUCUAGGAUGAUGAGGCAAUUUGGUCCUCGUAUUUCAAUUGUUUCUGAUUAAUUAAGUGGGAUGAAAGGGUUGAUCGGGGGUAUCAAAUCAGAGUAGCGCAAUGAAAGCAUGGUGGACCUAAUUUCAUUGGUGGUAGAAAAAUGGAUGAUGCAAACGGAGAAAAUAUUUGAUGUACAAAAUUGUUCUGAUGAUCAAACGAUUUCUUUUACUACCUCAUAUUGGAAGUAGAGGCUGAGUAUUAAUGAUAAAAAUGAAAAUAAUUUUUGGAGAUCAGUGGUAAGAAUGAUAGUUUAUCAAUAAAAAUAUGAUUGGAAAUGAAUCAAAAAGUAAUAAUGAGAGGGUCAAGACAUUUGGAUUUGAAAUGGGAAGUCACCACAAAAAACUCUAUCAUGUGUGAAUUACAAGUUAAAUUAUGAAACAAAUUUAUGUUUCGGGUGACUGGAGUCUAUUUUGCUUGUAGAAAGUUGGAUCAUAAAAUAAAAGACUACCCCUUGAACAAGAAGAAAGAGUCACUGCCUCUUAAAUCAUCGGCCCAUGUCAGAGUGUAUGCUAUUACUGAAUAUGAUUCAAAAACUUCUGAAUUAGUGAUCGAAGGUAUUAUGCAUGUUUAUGAAAGAAUGCAAAUAUUUGUUUGACCAUGCGUCCUGGACGGUUACGAUUUGAUUCGUAAUAUUUUGCUUAUCACUUGGGUAUUCAACCUAGACCACUGUAUUAUGUGAUAAUAUGUAAAUACAAUCAUUGGAGAUUCUUUGAUAACGAACUUGAAUUUGGUCCACUUGUCUAAUUUUUAUGAGAGAACUUGAACUUUUUGUUGAUUUAGUUCUCCUAGAGAUUUGGAAUUUUGAUAUUAUACUUGGUGUGAAUUGACUAUCUUCUUAUCAUUCUAGUAUAGAUUGUUAUAUAACAAAUAAUUACUUUUUGCAUAUUUGAUCAGCCGAUCUUUUAUUUUGAGAGUAUUGGAUAUGAUUUAUCUCCUUGCCUAAUGUAUCCCUUGAUGACUUGCUUGGAUUACCUCCAAACGUGACUUUGUUUUUGAUUUGGUCCUUAGGACAAUCCCAAUAUCUAAGCCUCUCUACAGAAUGAUAUCAUUUGUGUAAGUGGAAUUGAAGAAGCAACUACAAGGACUAUUAAAUAAGGAUUUUAUUUAGCUUAAUAUUUCAUCAUGGGGUGCUCCAGUGUUAGUUAAAAAGAUGGAUGGAACAUUGAGGCUUUGUAUUGAUUAUAGACAGUUGAAUCAGGUGACCAUAAAAAAAAUGAGUAUUCUCUAAAGUGACGAUUUGUUUGAUUAACUGCAGGGUGCACAUGAUUUUUCAAAGAUUGAUUGAAGGUCAGGUUACCAUCUAUUGAGGAUCAAGGAGGAGAAUAUUUCAGUCACUCUUGGAUAAUUGUGUAAUUGUAUUGUAUUGAUGAAACUAUUUAAGAGCAGGAGGAGGAAAUAAAGAAAUCAUAAUCCUCAUCUUUUCAUCGAUUGAGCUAUGACAAAUUUAGAGGACUAAAUUUUCUUUUAAGGGGGGGAGAGUGUAAUAUCCCUCUUUUAAAAGUUAUCAAUAAGGAUUUAUAUGUAAAUUAGAGGACCUAUAUGUAAAUAUAAAAAUUUCAUGGACUAAACUGUUAAGUUGCAAAUAGAAAAAAAAUAAAGAAAACCGAAAAUUUUGGUUUUAUCCCACCGCCUCCCACGCUCUAUGUUUAGAAACAGAGAGAGAGGAGCGGUGGGGCGUGGGGAGAAGAAGAGAAGAAGAAGAAGAAGAAGAAGAAGAAGAAGAAGAAGAAGAAGAGAGGAGGAUAGCUGCGGCAAGGCUGCAGCAAGGAGGUGUGUGGCGUUGGGGAGGAAAAGGGAAGAGGAGAAGAAGAGAUGGAGAAGAAGAGGGAAAAGACAGGGAAGAGGGAGAGGAGCGAGAGGUGGCAGCAGCUAGGGCUGCAGCACCCUGCUUCCUGCAGGUGGAAACAUAUGAGAGGUGUGGUGCGUUCGAAGAGGAGAAGAAGAAGAAGAGGAAGAGAAGAAAAAGAGGUUGUGAUACCUCUGUUUCCUGCAGAGGAAACAGAGGAGAGGGUGUGUGUGACGUCGGGGAGGAGGAGGGAAGAAGAAGUGGAGAAGAAGAGAAGGGAAAGGAGGAGCUGCGGCUGCGGCGGUGGCAGUUGCAACUGGAAGAGAAGGAGAGAAACAGAAGGUGAGGAAGAAGAGAAGAAGAAGAAAGGAAGGAGAAGGAAGAAGGAGAAGAAGAGGGAAAAGAGAGGGAAGAGGGAGAGGAGCGAGAGGAGGCAGCAGAUAGGGCUGCAGCACUUCUGUUUCCUGCAGGUGGAAACAGAGGAGAGGUGUGGGGCAUUCGAAGAGGAGAAGAAGAAGAAGAGGAAGAGAAGAAGAAGAGAAAGCAGGAGAAGAGGUUGUGACACCUCUGUUUCCUGCAGAGGAAACAGAGGAGAGGGUGUGUGUGACGCCGGGGAGGUGGAGGGAAGAAGAAGAGGAGAAGAAGAAGAGAAGGGAAAGGAGGAGUUGUGGCUACGGUGGUGGCAGUUGCAGUUGGAAGAGAAGGUGAGGAAGAAGAGAAGAAGAAGAAAGGAAGGAGAAGGAAGAGGAGAAGGGAAAGAAGCAGCUGCGGCUGCGACUGUGGCAGUUGCAGCUGUGGCAGGGAAAGAGGAAGAGGAAGGAAGAAGGGAAGGAGAGGAAGAAGAGAAGGGGAAGAAGGGGCUGCGGCUGCGGCGAUGGCAGCUGCAGCUAGAAGAGAAGAAGGAGAGGAAGAUGAGCAGGGGAGGAAGAAGAGGCUGCGAUCGUGGCUGAGGCUACGACUGCAGCAGUGCAGCUAGGAAAGUAGAGAAGGAAAGGAAGAAGAAGAGAAAGGAAAAGGGAAGAAGAGAGGAAGAGGAGAAGGGGAGGCAGCUACGGCAGUGGCCGCUGCAGCUGGAAGAGGAGGAGAGUAAAAGAGUAGGGGAGUAUGAAGAGGUUGCGGUUGUGGUGGCUGCGGCCGUGGCUGCGACUGCAUCUGUGGCUGCGACGUUGGCUGUGGUAGCUGCGGCAGCGGUGGUGGCUACAGCAGUUGCUUUUGGAAAAGAGAAAGAAAGGAAAGGGAAAGAAGAAGAGGUUGUGGUUGCGGUGGUGGCGGCUGCGUUUGCCGCAGUUGUGUUUGGGAAAGAAAAAGAAGGAAUGAGAGUAAGAGAGAGCAGAUAACUGUUCCUCGAUAUUCGACACAUGGUGUAGUCGCGAAGAAAGAAAGAAAACGAGUGCACAAAACGAAACAGGGAGACGACACGGAGGAAAAGUAGAAGGAUUUGGGCUAACAUCUUCUUUGGAUCUUCAUAUCAAAAUCUUUGAAAGGCAAUUUUCCCGAUCGUUUCUCCUGUAAUUGUGCAAAUGUUUCAAUCCAUUCUAUUGCAAGUGUUUCGAUCCUUUCUAUUGCAAGUGUUCCGAUCCUUCCUAUUACAAGCUUUCAAUUCUUUCCUAUUGUAAGUGUCCUGAUCUUUCCUUACUGUAAUUUUAUCUCUACAUUUGCUUUGAAAAUGAGGAACUUUGAAUUGUUCUAGCCUUGCAUUUGUUAUAUCUCCUGUUUAGACGUAACGAUUCGAAUCUGUGUAACUUCUGAGAUUCUGACCUUUCUACCUUGUUAUGGUUAUAACUUCAUGUAUUGAUCUCUGAUUUAGAUAAAACUUAUUUGAUCAGAAUAUAGACUCAUAAACCUUUCUUUUGAUAGCUUAUUUUAGGAUUUCGGAGUAAGUUUGCCUGCCCAGUUUUCUAUUGAAACCGACUCUGUGAAUUCUGUAAAAUUGAGAUUUGUUCUUUGAUCUUGGGUUACUAAAUCUAUGGUAACUCCAUGUUGGAAACCUUGAUUCGUAUGAAACUUAUUUCAUCAGAAACUAGAUCGAAAUAAUUUUCUAAUGAUAUAUUUUCUGAGGAAAAUUAAAGCAUGUUGAUAGUUUGAAUCAUUUAUUCAAUGUCCCUCUUGAAUUCUGCCAGAAAUCGAGAUUUAGUCGAUUUUGCAUAUUCUGGUUUCAUUCCUUUGGAAAUUGAGUUAUAUGUGAUUGCUUGGAAUCCUUGAAUUCUCUUGCUUUCAUUUCAUCUCAAAUCUGAAUGCAAUUGUGAAAUAUUAUUGCUUACUUCGUAUUAACUCGUAAAGGCACAUGUACGUUUUGUUGUUCCGCGUGUGCUUCUGAUAUGUGUUAUUUAUUGUUCAUACUAUCCCUUGUACUCUAGUGUUUGUGGGAUAAUGUAAACCUUUGCCAGAUAUAGUAAAGGGAGUUAUGCCUUGAGCCUGCGAUGGUUUGCCGGUCCCCUCUGACUUCACCUAGACGUGGGUGGAUGGAGCUCCCAGACGUGGGAGACUUUUGUCUGGUGGUCAUUCAGAAAUGGAUGAAUCACAUUCUGUCUAUGGUCCCACUACACCUUCUGUAUGUUUGAUAUGAUAUCCAUAGCUUUGGUUAUGUUUUUCUAUACAUGCUUUCGAUAAGAAUGAUAUGAAUGCAACGAUAAAUUUGAUAUUUGAGCUUCUGUUUCGUAUUUGUUCUUUGAUAUGCUCUGAAAUGGUUCAUAUGCCAUUGAUAUGCUUUGAAAUGUUUCACAUACUAUUGGUAUAUU